AUGGCUCAGGCCGAGGAUGAGGAGCGCGCGCGCCGCGAAGCUGCUCGCCGUGAAAGCCGCAAACGCCGUCGAGAGUCACGCGUGGCGGAAUGGGUAGAGGAGAUCCGCGCCACGUUCGACGAGGAGUUUGAAGACACCUUCCGCAUCACGCGGGAGGUCCUUGACCUCAUCGCUGACCAAAUGGCCUUUCCCAUGUCACGUUUUGUCGAGAUCAAUGAAGUCCCGCUGUCGCUUUGCUGUUUGAUCCCAAUCAAGUACUUUGCCAGUACCAUGACAUACCACGAUAUGAGCCUUAUGUUCGGCCUGCCAAGGGGUCUUAUCCACCGCCUAGUCGAUGCUUUCUUGUUUUGGUUCCCCCGCAAGUUCAAACGGGACUGGGUCCAGUUCCCCCCUGAAGAGGUGCGUGAGGAGAUGGCGCUGGACUUCCGCGCCAUCAAAGGGGUGCCCAACGUCAUAGGCGCCAUUGACGGCACCCAUAUUGAGAUCCGUGGCAUGGACGCUCACCGUGGGGACUACUACAACCGAAAGUCAGUUUACAUCGUGCAACUUCAGGUGACAUGUGACUCCAAGGGUGUGAUAUGGGAUUACACUGUGGGCAACCCGGGGUCAAUGCAUGAUCAAGGAGUAUUCUCAACUUCAGAGUUACAUGGCAGGCUAGAGAGCGGUGAAAUUGCACCCUAUCAGCUAGUGGGGGACGCCGCCUAUCCCUUGAAGCCCUACAUGCUGACCCCCCUCCACGCACCCCGCCGCCGCCUGAUGAAGAAAUGGGAGCACACGUACAACUACGUGCAGUCGGCGACGCGGGUGGUGGUCGAGCGGACGAUCGGCGCACUCAAGGGUCGAUGGAGGCUCUUCUCCCGCCGUCACGAGAGCAAGCUCUGGCGCGUGUGUGCAGGGGCCUGCAUCAUCAUCCUGCACAACAUGUUGCAGGUUGUGAGUACACCACGGAUGAAAACGUACAACCCCAGGCGCAUCAUUUGGGCAGGCAUCCCGAAUGGCUGGUGGACUCAUAGCGGGAUGGACCGAUACCAGUGGCCGCCGCUGGACAACCCCUCUCUGGCCGAUCUGCGCAAGCGUCGUCACCACUUCGGCAAGCACAUCCACAGGGCCUACCUCAGGCGUCGCCGUGUGUCGACGUCCGCCCGCUAA